GACUGCUUCAAUGCAGCAGCAGUCAAGCGUUGGCUUCCGACGCGUAACGUUGUGCUACAGUAUUUUCUUCUUGUUAUAGUACGACGAACAAAAACAUAUUCAAGAAACAAACUGACUUUGACAAAUAGAAAGAAGUGAUUUCAAUUUCCACAAAAUUAAAUGGUGCACACAAAUCAGCGGUGAUACACAUAUAUUAAAAUGAUAUAUUUAAUUGCUUUGUCAGUGAUAGUGGGUGCCCUAGGAAUUUAUUAUUACGUCUUCAAAGAUGUAAAUUAUUUUAAAAAACAUGGCAUACCACAUAAGCGGCCUCUUCCUCUACUAGGAAAUAUGGGACCAUCGAUUUGUCGUUUGCAGUCGGUAGCCGAACUUGUCAAAGAAAUAUAUAAUCUAAAUCGUGAAGCCAAGUACGUUGGUUUCUUUGAUAUGACUCUUCCAAUUGUAAUGAUACGCGAUCCUGAGCUCAUUAAAUCCAUCACGUUGAAACACUUUGACAAUUUUAUGGACCACCGUAGUUUCGUGGAUGAAAAUAUAGAGCCAUUAUUUGGCAAAAAUCUUUUCGCCCUUCGCGGAGAGAAAUGGCGACAGGUACGAUCUUUAUUGAGUCCAGCAUUUACGGGAAGCAAAAUGAAAAGCAUGUUUAAGCUAAUGUCAGACUGUGGCGUUGACUUCACCAAUUACUUGGCACGAUUGCCACCGGAAAAGAGAAUAUUGCAAACGAAAGAUGUCUUUACCAGAUACACUAAUGACGUGAUUGCUACUUGCGCUUUUGGCAUUAGUGUUGAUUCUAUGAAAAAUCCAGAGAACCAAUUUUAUGUGUACGGUAAAGAAGCCACCACUUUCAACAUUGUUACCCUAUUAAAGUUAUACAUAUUUAGAAGCUUACCUUGGAUUGCACGAUUGAUCAAUUUGAAAUUUGUCCGUAAGCAGAUAGCAGAUUUCUUCCGAAAUCUCGUAGAAACCACCAUAGAAACCAGAGAUGCGAAUGGUAUCGUUCGCCCUGAUAUGUUGCAACUGAUGAUGGAAAACAGGAGUAAAGAGGGCAAGGCAAAAUUGACCGCUGAUGAUAUGGUAGCACAGGCAUUCAUCUUUUUUUUUGGUGGCUUCGAUAGUACUUCAACAUUAAUGUGUUUUGCUGCUCACGAAAUGGCGGUAAACCAAGAUAUACAAGAAAAGCUACAAAAAGAGGUCGAUAAGGUUUUGGAAGAAACGAAUGGACAGAUAUCUUACGAAGCUAUUAAUGGUAUGGAAUAUUUGGAUGCUGUACUCGACGAAGCUCUCAGAAUGUAUCCGGUUGCCGUAGCAAUGGACAGAGUGUGCGGAAAAGAUUUCGAGCUGCCGCCGGCGUUACCAGGAUUAAAACCAUUUAUUGUAAAGAAAGAUCAAGGCAUAUGGAUACCGACUUAUGGACUUCAGCAUGAUCCUAAAUACUUCGAAGAUCCGGAAAGGUUUGAUCCUGAACGGUUUCUUGGUGAACGAAGAAAGGAGAGUCUCAAUUGCGGGGGCUACGUUCCUUUCGGUCUUGGUCCCAGAAUGUGCAUAGGUAACAGAUUUGCCUUGCUGGAAACAAAGGUUCUACUUUUCCAUCUACUGGCCCGUUGCGAUUUGAGGACUUGUAAGAAGACGCCAAUGCCACUCAAGAUUGCUAAGGAUGGCUUCAAUAUGAAGCCUGAAGGUGGUUUCUGGUUGGAGGUGCUACCAAGAAAAAGUGUACAUCACACUAUUGGAGUUAAUGUUAGCAAUGGAAUACACUAAAUAUGAUGUGUAAGCAAUAGAAUCAAAAUAUGAAACGGGACAUUUCUUCGACAUUCUUAAUUAUUUGUGAAGAAGAUGCUUAUGUUGGUGCAAGUUCCAGUAAUAACGCUAGAAUUCUGCAUUAAAAUAUUCUAGCAUUAAGAAUAUUUCUGCUAUAUUAAACAAAAUUUUAUUAUUUUUUGAAAUUUCUGAGAUAGCGUCAAAAGAUGGGAAAAAAUUUGAUUGACCGUUAUUUCUUAUCUUGAGGUAUUAUCGUUCAAUUUAUAUUGCUUUUUGUUGUGAUGUAGAUAACUACAAUUAUUGCUGUCGUAAUAGUCAUUUGUAAGUUUCCAUUGCUUCUUUAAAUUUUUAAAAGAGAAUUUUCACAAUUGUUUAUGUAAAAUCUUGUUAUGCAGGCAAGUACGUUAUUAAAAAUGACUUCGAUAAACGAUUAUGUACAGCUAUAAUAAAAAACAAAAUUCAUUUGUAUAUAAAUACAAAAAUAUUACAUGUAAAUAGUAAAAUUAGAAUAAACAUACUAUAAAGAUUAGCUAUAGAGAAUGUUGCUUUAUUAUUACAGAAUAUUGUUUUAACUAUUUUUUAAUACAUUUUUUAAUAUUUAGAUAUUAUAUCUCUAUAUGUGUGUAUUUUCAUAUACAUGUAUAUAUACUUUGGUUCAUUGAAUCAAUAUCUGAAAAUACUUUAAUUUAGUACUGCUCAACUAACCUUACUAACGUAGCAAUGCGAAUUAUUUAUCGCAUUAGCAAUUGUUUAUUGUUCUAUAAUGUUUAAAUGUUCAAAUUGCCCAAAUACUAGUCAAAGUUGCUAUCUUCUGUAUUCAUUGUUACAAUGAUAAAAGCACAUUAUCCAAACUAUGUUUAUACUGUCAAUGCAUUGGAAACAAGUGGAUUGAUCCUAGGACAUUGUAAUACGUAAUUUUUCGUCUUCUCUUAAAUUUUUUUUUCUGUCAAGUAUUUAAUCGAUUCGAUAACUUCAAAAUUUAUAUAUUUGUAUAUUGUUAAUUUUUGAAAAAGAAAUGCUCUUUGAAGCUAGGAUUUAUAAUUCUUAAUACGUGCACAAAAGUCUGUUGUUUGCAACAUCUCGCAUUUCAAAAACGCGUUUCCGCUUCUGAUCUUCCCUUUUAGUUAUAAUUUUCAAUUACAAUAUUCUCAUUUAAAAAUUAUUCUUUGUACGUUAAAGAUCGCGUAAUCUUUUAUUUAAAAUAAAUAUAAUAAGAAUUAAAAAUUGAUCUAGCUAUGACCUAUAAGACUUUUCAUUUAAUAUUGUGUUUUCACACAUAUUGAUCAAACUUUAUUCAAUAUGAUUAAAAAUUGAUUCUUACGUAUCACGUAAUCGAUUGAUCUGUACCUUGUAACAUGAAUUUCUUUUUAAUAUAAUUUUUGUAUUGACCUUAAAUGAAAUAUUACAAGUGAAACAAACGAAUAAACAAUUUAUUUAAAUGGAAAUGAACAGCAUCCAGUAUUCGCAAUAAUGUUCGAUCUCAUUGAAAUAAAUUGUUCAUUCCUGUUUGUUGAUAUUCCUUUACUCGGUUUGGAUUCAGCUUCAUAAAAUAUUAUAUUUUCACAGUUCGUUAUUUCAUGUAUUACAUGUAUUACAUAAUAUAAUAUAGAACGUAUACAAUUUGAA